UGCGGACGUAAGUAAUGCACCCCGAAGCAGAGAUUUCUGGGCGACUACCCUCAUCUCCCUCUCUCAUUUCUGAGACCGCUAUGCACGCUCUACUCCUGUACGGCGCGCCUGCAGCGCUUGCAGCGUUCAUCGCAUUGUUCAUCGCGCUUCGUCGCAGACGUCCUUCCCUCCCCGAUUACUUCGCACUCUCCGGUGUACCACCACCAAAACCCCUUCCCCACUUCAAUGUCGAUACCGCUAAGCCCCGCCCCUACCGCCCCUUCCGGUGGGCCUACUUCCAGCAUAUGGCUCUGAAGAAGAUGGAGCCCGACUGGUGGCUCGAGCUCGAAUCAACCUACCGCAUGCGCAUCGCGCAGCGACAAGCGCUUUACGCCACCCACGUUUCCUUGAUCCUCGGCGCCCUCCCCGGCUCCGAGCUCGCAUGCGCGGAGCUGCUUCAAAUGGUCGCUCAAUGGCUCUCCGUCCGCUAUCCCAAUUGCUUCUCCCUCGACCCGCACACCCUCCUCUUCCAGAAUCACAUCCUCGGGAAGGAGGUGUGCAUUAAGGGCGUGGAGGGUGCGGACGCAUUGCGUGUACUGCUCGACCACGUCCCGGAGGACUUCGCCUUGACACUGGAAAACGAGAAGACGGGGCUGUAUCAUAUGUGUGCUGGGGUGGUUUGCUCGUCUGUGGGGUGGAACGCGGCAGGUAAGAUGGGAAAGCCGCUGCACGAGAUCCAUGGUCCGGUGCCACAUUACAAGGAGAGGAUGCAAAUGUCGAUGGAUAGGUACUUCAAGAGAAUGGAAACCGAGAAACCCAUCCAGCGCGGCUCCUGGGGCCUCGAAGUCGGCGAACCGCUCUUCCUCCAGGAGUCCGACCCCAAAUUCGCCGAGCGCACACAUCAGGAUCCCAACCUCACCAUCGACAACGUCUUCCUCCGCGUCGACUGGCAGACCCUGCGCCGUCUCCCGCGUUCGCGCGCCAUCGUCUUCAACUUCAAGGCCCUCUUCACCCCGCUCACCGACUUCCGGCACGAGCCAUAUAUCCCGCACCUGGUGCGACGGAUUCUGCGCGAGGGAGAUGCGCAGAUCAUGAACUAUAAGGGCACGGAGCACGUCCUGCACAAGGUGCUCCCGGAGCUGGAUGUGUAUGCGAGGGAGCAGGAGGAGAAGGGGUGGGUGCCGAGGGAUUGGAAGGAACGUACCUUAGACGAGGACCCAUUCUAUCCAGGAUGGGAGAAGCACAUGACAUACGCAUAUUAGACCUAGUCAGAAUCGAGCAACCCAUCUAACUCUGCCUCUUCUUCUG